GUGGUGCUAGGGAAGGGGGUGGCUCCAUGAGCUGACUUAUUAAAAAUGUAGGAGCCAGAGGAUAAACAGUGUUUUUGUGAUUACUUCCAGGUUCUGGGAAAGAUGACCACUCUCACACGGCAGGACCUUAACUUUGGGCAAGUUGUUGCAGAUGUUCUUUCAGAAUUUCUGGAAGUGGCUGUUCAUCUUAUCUUGUAUGUCAGAGAAGUUUACCCUAUUGGGAUAUUUCAGAAGAGGAAAAAAUACAAUGUACCUGUCCAGAUGUCCUGCCACCCGGAGCUGAAUCAGUACAUCCAGGACACGCUGCACUGCGUGAAGCCGCUGCUCGAGAAGAAUGAUGUGGAGAAGGUUGUAGUUGUAAUCCUGGACAAAGAGCACCACCCUGUGGAGAGAUUUGUCUUUGAGAUCACCCAGCCGCCUCUUCUUUCCAUUAGUUCGGAGUCCCUGCUGUCCCACGUGGAGCAGUUGCUGCGUGCCUUCAUCCUGAAGAUCAGCGUGUGUGACGCUGUGCUCGACAACAACCCCCCAGGGUGCACCUUCACGGUUCUGGUUCACACACGGGAGGCUGCCACACGGAACAUGGAGAAGAUCCAGGUGAUAAAGGACUUCCCGUGGAUCCUCGCUGAUGAACAAGAUGUGCACAUGCACGACCCCCGGCUUAUUCCCCUGAAAACCAUGACAUCUGAUAUCUUAAAGAUGCAGCUAUAUGUAGAAGAGCGAGCCCACAAAGGCACCUGAUUCCAAAUCUCCCCUGCCUUCAUCUGAUCUUCCAGUGGAAUAAGAUCUCUCACAAACCAUACCUUGAUAACCAUCUCCUCAGCUGGCCUUCUGGGUGAAUGUAGAGCAGCUGCUGCCUCUUUAUUUCAAGUGCUCUUACCACUGUACAUAGAACUGACUUGGAAUGUGGAGCCAGAGCCUGUUCCCAUGUACCCUCGUGUGAGAGUGAGUACAGGUUUUGUCACAGUGACUCCCUGGGGCAGGACACGGGCAGCUGCAGUCCGAGCUCUGUACAAAUCUCGUUCUCACCUUAACUCCACUGCGCACUGGUAGCGCCGCCCAGCGCUCUGCUGUGUGCUGCACCCUGGCACCGGGCUCCUGCCAAGGGGGAGUGAGGCCUUACGGAGUGUCUGUCCUCUGCGACCGUCCCACGUAGUCUUCAAUAAAUAUUCAGUUUUACCCCAGCCUCCCCCCUUAUGUAAGGGUAUAUUUUGUGUGGAGAUUCCACCACUUUUCCGUACCUUUUCUGGAACGUAUGUGGAAUCUGUCAAUCCCUGUGACCGGCUGUGUACAGCCAUGGUGUCUCCCCCUUCCAUGGCAGAGCUUUCACCCACAGGUGGCAUUUGUUUGUCCAGCAAGGACAGUUGCCAGAUGUCCUGCUCUUAACAGAGAACAGACGAGGGAAACACUGUGAAUCCUACACGUAGCAAAUGGUGGAAGAAGGCCUCAGUGUUGGCUCU